GUUGGUUUCAUGGGUUAUGCUUAACAAGGUACAUGAAGAUUUUAAGUCACAAACAUUUGGACAUGAUCGUUUCGUUCCUUGCGAUAAGAACAAGAACCAGAACCAGAACCAGGACCAGGAAAUAAAUUUCUUGUGGAAUCUAUUAAUCAACUGUUCAAAUAAGAACCAGGUCGUCCUACAGUAAGACGUGUGCGUAUGUUGUGUGUUUUUGGUGUGGGUAUUAAUUAAGGAAAGCCGAAGCCCAACAAUCCCGGACGCGUUUCGAUUGCUAGGUUUGGGCUUUCAUUGUCAAAUAUUGUUUCCCAUUACGACACCGCGUAGCAACUGAGCCGGCCACACCCCUAGUCAAACCUUAUUGCAUCCCAUCCCACUACCAUUCCUUGUUUUGUUUUAUUUCGGAAUUCUAUUUCUUCACUAGCAAGGUUUAAGCGCGAUGAACAACAGGUUUUCGCACCAGGCGACGACCAACCACCCUUCUUUUCUUUCUUUGAUAUUUCCUAAUUUUUGUUUCCCUUUUUGAACUCUCCUCUAUCGCUUCCCCUAUUAUUUAAGACCUUUCCUUUCCGAGUCUUUCACCCUAGAUUACAUUCUCUCUUUCUCUCUGCUUAAUGAUUAUGGCGAUGGCUAGUAACAAUGAACACAAACCAACCUUGAUCAUGAACCACACUUCGCCCAUCUACGAGUAUGAACGUUAUGAAGGAGAAGACUUGGACGACUAUCAUCAAGACCAGGAUGCUGCUUCUUCUUCUCCUCCUUGCGGUGUUGGUGGUUGUUUUGGCCUCUUUGGGUUCACAUCAUGUACAUGGCGGCAAAACCACGACAACGAUUAUGAACGUAAAUACUUACUGCAGCAAGAAGGUGGAUGGCACAAGGAGACGACAUGGUGGUGGAGGAAGAAAUUGACCAAGGCUGAGGAGUCUACUCAAGUAUUGGACGGCUCCAAGUGGAAGACCUUCAUCAGAAAGAUUGCUGGAUAUUGCAAGACUAUGAAGCAAAAACAAAACAAGAGGUUGUCCAAGAAACAAAAGCAAAAGAAUACUAGAUUUCAGUAUGAUUUUCAUAGUUAUGCUCUCAAUUUUGAUGGGGGUGUUGCUAGAGAAGGAAAUGAUGCUGCUCUUGAUUUUGCAGCAAGGUUUGCCGCUCCUUUGUCCAAUGAGCAUGGUUCCAUAGGCAGGCCGGUUCAUGAAACCACCCUUGAAUCAGCUUCUAUAGAAUCCAAACGUUAGAUUGGGUGUCGUUUGGUGUUCUCCUGUUUCCUUCUUUGAUAAGUUAAUUGUGCGCUGUUAUGAAACAGACCAAAAUUAAGUCUUUUUUGGGUUGUACUUUUGCCUUAAUUUCAAUUUCGCAUUAAGGUUUUUGGAAGACUACACAGCAAAUUUCAAAUACUCACAAGGAAGCAAGGCGCUUGUGAUAAACAAAGCUCACCACCCAGAAUGCGUAAUGGAAAGC